UGCAACAAUGAAAAACUGAAAGGGAUUUGUACGAGUGUAAUUGUGUGUAGCUUACUAUUCUGGCCAAUAUGUCAAAUAUUGCACUAUGAAGGUUCUUAUCAUGCCCGACUGAAUGAUACUUUAGUGAAAACAACACCUAUAGAAUUACAUAGAAACCCAGACUCACUGAAAAAUAGUAUUCCAGAUGAAUUGUCAGUGAAAACUACAUCUACAGAAUUACAUAGAAAACCAGACUCACUGAGAAAUAUUAUUCCAGACGAAUUGUCAAUGAAAACAAAAUCUACAGAAUUACAUAGAAAAUCAGACUCACUGAUAGAUAUUAUUCCAGAUAAAUUGUCAGUCAAAACUAUACCUACAGAAUUACAUAGAAAACCAGACCCACUGGGAAGUAUUAUUCCUGAUGAUUUAACUUUUGUUGACAAUAAAUGGAAAUUAUCUGAUCUUUGUAAACCAUACAAAACGUAUCUAAAUGACAGUGAUUUCCCUUUGAUAAGAUAUACAUCAAAUGCUGGGAGCGUGAACAUAUUUACACACUCUUUACGCGACGGAAUAUCGUCUAUAAUCAGUAGAGAAGGUGCUUUUGAAUUGAAGACAAUAAACAGAAUAUUAUAUCAGCUGCAACAAGAUCCAAAUAUGAAUUUAAUUGAUAUUGGAACAAAUAUUGGACAACAUUGUAUAGCAGCAGCAUUGAUUGGAAGGGACUCAAUCGCCAUUGACGCUGCAAAAUCCAACAUCGAACACGUAUGUGCUUCUGCCCAUUAUCUAAAUAUUGGUUCGCGAAUAACAUUAAUUCACAACAUUUUGUCCGACUCGAAUGGAAAACGAAAGUUCCGAUACAGUGCUAGCAAGUCUGACUUUGGUUCAAUACAUGUUGAUUCGGAUGGAAUAUGGGAAAAAAUGAAAAAGCAAUACAGCACAUAUUUCAGUCUUAAAACAGUGGAAGAAAAUUCUGCAACAUUAGAUGAUAUUUUGCUCAUUCCUCAGAUUCAUAAGUUUCAAAAAGUAUUUAUGAAAAUUGAUGUUGAGGGUCACGAACAUAGGGUACUUCUGGGUGCUAAAGAAUUUUUCAAACAACUAGAUGUGCAAGGUAUAAUCAUGGAGUGGGCGUGGCAUGUAAAGAGGCAGUCAUCAGAAAUAAUAAAAACCUUAAUGGCUAACUGGAAAUUCAAACCAUUUAAAAUGUUUUCCACUACAGAAAUCGAUCUUAGUUCAAUACAUUCGGACAUGUGGCCACAAGAUGUUCUCUGGCUUCCAAUCUAGUUAUCUCAAGGAAAUUAUGAAAAAAUGUUUGAUUAUUUUCAUGAAAAAAUAUUCUUAUUCUAAAUUUGAU